ACAGCAACCUUGCACGUAGUCUUUGUAGGCGAGGCGAUCGAGUCAGACUCAAAAGAUCCUGAUCAGGCAGUGGUAUUAAAGGCAAAACCUAGAGCUUUAUCAUGUUCAGAUGAACGAUCCGGCAGAGACGAGGUAGAGGAUCGAGAGAUAUUGUCUGGGUAGACUCUCCGGCGGCGAGUCCAAGCUUACGCCAGCAACCAUGGCCCACAGUGGUCAUGAGUACGCUGCGUCUGGCUCGAGCGCGCCAGCAAUGUCGUUUCAAGGCUUCUCAGCUUUUCCAGGCUCUAUGAUGGAAGUCACUGGACCUCACGAGAUGCAAGGAUUGGUGCAGCCCUCCAACUCUCAGCACGAUAACGGUCUCGGCAUGUUACAGCAGCUCGCUCAAGGUCCUGAACAAGCUCUAUGGCUUCAAACAGAGCUUGCAAAACGACCUAUUCAACCGGGUCAAUCACCCCUUCAUUGGAUUCUGUGGAGAGAAAAAUGUGAAGAAGGUUGGGAUCAGUUUCAGGCUUGGCAAUUGGCACUAGAGGAUGAGCGGCGUAUGACUGCACAAGAGGGUCAAGCGAAUCAGAUUGCGGCUCAGCAGCCACAAUCAUAUCAUCAUCAUCCUCAACAGCAGCAGCAGCAGCAGCCGUCUUACGCGGCGACGACGAUUAAUCCUGCCCAAUUGCAACAAUUCCAAGGUAAGCGGAAGAGCUCUCAUCUACUUAUCGGACUGCGUUCCCGGACAUCGUGCCCAUCUAACGUGCUAAGCUGCAUGUGCUCUCAUUCCUGUAUCAUAUCAGUAUGAAAACACCUAUCAUUGACCAAGGUCGUGCAUAUGGCGAGAUAUACCAUUCUUUCCUAAAGAGGCAACUUUGCGCCGGCUACAAUAACACAGAUAGGCGAAAGUGUGUCACACGCGCCUUUUUCUCUCUCGUUCUCCCUUACGUCAUCUUGUGUUCUGGUGUGGCACUUGGCAGGGAGACAGUGGUACUGACACUCUGCGCAGGACCAACGCAAUCAUUCGGGA